AUGGCCGAAGAAAGUAUCUUAAAUGUAAAAUGCCGUCUCUUAGAAUUAUUUUCAGAACUUGACGAUAGUGAAUUGCACUCAAUAGAAGCAUGGAUAUCAACUCAAAGUUACAAACAAGACUUAGAAAUUAAGAAAUUACUAUUGGAAAAGGAAAGGAAAUUAUCGAAAAUUGCUAAUAGCUUAAAAAAUAUGGUUCCCUUUGAAGCUGAAAUGCCAUCAGAGGUGAUCAUGCCACCGAUAAUAGGAGAUCAAGCUGAUUGUACAAAGGAGAAUACAUGUCAUGUUGAUGAGUUUCUCUAUGAUGAUAAGGAAGUAGAUGAACUAGUGAAAUCUCAAAAGUUGACCCGAUUUUACUGCGCAGAGUGUAAUUCAAGGAACAUAAAGGAGCUGAUAUUUAUUUCACAUUCAAUGUCAAAACAGGCUCUUCAGUACAUUUUCUAUGUUUUGUUACCUCAAGAUUUAGAAGAGAAACACCUUUUGGAUGUUGGGUCUAGAUUAGGUGCUGUUCUCUAUGGGGCUUACUAUCUUUGCAAUGCAUCAUCUAUAGUUGGUGUUGAAAUGAAUAAAGAAUGUUGUGAAAUACAAGAGAACAUAAUAAAGAAAUUCUCCAUGGAUUCUAACAGAAUAAAAGUAGUAAAUGCAGACAUUACAGAAAGAAGUGACAUUGUUAAAAAUUCCAAUAUUAUCAUUAUCAACGUUUUAGACUUUUUUGUUGAUGUUCAGAAGCAUAAAGAAAUGUGGCAUUUCUUUAAGAAACACAUAAAGAAAGGAAGUUAUUUGAUAUCAAAUAGAAGUAUGACUGACACUUUGGAUACCCUCGAGUUAUCAGAGGAAAUGGCAGGAUGGCUAAAGAUUUGCAAACCUCAUCAGGUUGCUAAUGAAAUUUUUUUUGAUGUUGAGGAUUAUAGCGAAUUGUAUUUAUAUACUGUAAAGUAA